AAAGAUUUCCUUUUCAGUAAGCUCGAGUUGACACAUGGGACUCAUUAGCUCCCCUGAAUACCUCUAAGAGUACGAAAGGUGCAGUGCGGCGAAAGGUGUGAUUGAAAGUUAUAAAGUGAAUUAGGUUUUAAAGUUACUUCUUACUGAGCAUUUCAAACAAAGCAGACUGUGGAAUGUUUUGUGAAAUGUGUGAAACAUACGAUGUCAUGGAUUUAAAAUGAUAUUCAACUUCAUACUAGAAUUUAUACAUUAUUGAAGAUUUGUUUAUACAAGCAGAAUAGAUAUACUCGUUCAUUUCAUUAAGGGACGACGCCAUGACAGUUGGCCCUGACUAUGCCUCGGAGCAUAAAUUUCCACCUCUGCGGCUGGGGCCCGUGUCCAGGGUGUCUACAGACGGCGGAGCUACUCACAUCCCUGCCCGAGUGCCAGAUGCGUGGGACGAGCAUAAAGACUUCCGCUACCCCAGGAUCGUAGUUCGGGACCCCUUUGGAAGGACGCUGGACACCUUCACUGCCCUUCAAGACGCCAUCUACAGAGCAAGCUGGGCGAGAAAAAAAAAUGGAGAAUGGCCUAAAACACCAAUAGAAUGGCGACUGCCCAAGGCCCCGGUCCCUGCAAGGCCUGACUACUCCAGAUCGGAGCCUCUUUAUAUGACCGCGAAUCUGUUACCAGCUCGCCACGCUGGGACAACUCAGAGCUACGAUGCUAGCUCAAGAGGGCUUCACAUGACCACAAAUGUGUUAAUGGAUUUACCAACGUUGGAGAUUCCAGUUGAUGACGUGGCCUUCGUGGCAGAAAGCUUGAACCACUUACCAGAGCUGCCGUCCUUCACCUUUCUCCGUCACUCCAUUCUGGCUGGACAGUCUACCUAUGUCCAGAUCGUGGCCUCUAUUCUCCUGCACCAAAAACAACUAAAGGCCAGCGACGUGAGGGAAGCCCACUGGUCAUUCCCAGGUUUCUGUUCCGGGUGCAAGAGAGCAGGGUUUUGCUACGGCUGUGAUAAAAACUCAAAACCACAUGUGCAUGAAGACAUUCCAGCCAUGACAGGCGGCGGUUUCCGGUUCUGGAAACAUGACAGGCCACGUGACCCUAAAUUUUGGAAGAAUCCCAGCACCUGGAGGGUUCCAUCAACAGAAGAAGAACUUCAGUCCAUAAUAGAUAAAUAUGGAGAUCUUGCUGCUUUCGAGAGAGCCAGACAGCGCGCUGAAAAUGACAUAAUGGAAGGUCAGACACGUGAUCAAGGUUCAAGACAUCAAAGACUGACAAACCUCGGGACAUAUCCUCCAUACAUCACCAUCGUGAGCACAGAUGACCUGAAGACGAGAAAAGGGGAAGCGGAGGAGAGAGAGGACGACAGCACAGUGGACAGCGGGGUGGGAGAGGAACCAAAAAGAUACAGGAGGAGGACACGAGAUGAGGAGAUGGCAAGAAGGAGGAAGCAAGGAUUUGUUGACCACGAGGAAGAGGAAGAAGGGGACGCGCGGAGAGAGCCCACGAACAUAUCCGAAGCUUCCAGUGAUCGCAUCCUGUACAGACUGGACACUGACUUUGUUGACCGCCUUCAGAACGGGAACCAGUUCACUAAGAGGUCAGUCCAUGAGAAAGUUGACCGCAAUAAAAGUCAAGUAAUGGACAGCGAGGAAGAGGAUGAAGGAAUUCUGUCAGAUGGCAGCGUUGCUAAGCACAAGCCCCGUCAUUACGUCAUGAAGCCUUCGGAAAGCAAAAGUGGUGUAGAGGAGUCGAAACAAAAAUCGCCAGUCAAGAAGACCAGUCGUCUGGAGUUUGUGGACAAGUCCAAAGAGACGGAAGCUGAAGAACAAGCCAGACUUCUCCGAGAACGUGCCAAGGAAAAUGUUCCAUUUGGCAAAAAACGGCACGACAUCACUUACACAGCGCCCAAGUUUUUUCAAGUCCAGAAGAAAUCGAGGAAGAUCACAGUAGCCAAGGAUCCAUUCAGUACCGACAGGGAGCUAGACGUGCCCAAAGGUGGCACAUUUGAGCUGAAGAAAGGAGCCAAGAAAGUCACUAAGUUUAUUGAGUUUAAGAAAGGAGAUCGAACCUGGAAAGCACCAAAGAAAUUUGAAGUGACCCACGACGAAAAGAAAAGUACAAAGUUCUGGUCUGGUCCAGCAGGUCAGUCUCAGUCCAAGCAAGGACAGCGUAGGCCUAAAGAAGUUGACGAAUCCAACAAAGCAAGAGUUCCAAAAACGUCUUCCGAUUCUGGCAUUGGCAGCGUCCUUACAGGUGACGGCAGUGAAGAGAAAGAUGCCACACAGCUUUCGGAUGAUGCCACAAAGUCACGCGCGGAGACUUCGGACGGAGUCGGGGACAAAAAGGAAGACUCAGGCCCGGCCUCGAGUGACGUCACUUCCCCCACAGCUGCUCCAACAGCCCAGGAGCCGGUCAAAGCCAAGAGGAGGGAGAUAGUGAAAAAAACUAAAGUUGAGCUGCUACCACCCCUAACAGCACCCCAGAGCCCUCCGCGUCUACCUUCACCACCACCCGCCAGGAAACGAUCAUUGACACCGCCCUCUCCAGUGGCGCCCCAGAGUCCGAUCUUCGAGCGAGAGGAGGUUCCUCUUACAGAUAUUGAGCUGCCAGAGGUACCAGACCUCCCAGAGAUUGAGGAUAACUUGCCAGAGAAAAGAAAACAGAAGCUGAAAUUUUUGGUGGAGCCUCCACCUCAACCCCAUCUUGCAGAGGCACCUAAAAAACGGAAGGCAGCUCCCAAGAUAAGACGCUUACCCAAGCAUCUCUCCAGGCCGAGAAAGUCACGGCCUGCCGAGGCUCCAGUCACGGCUGAGGAGUUGAUUGACAUUCAGGACCCUUUGGACUUUCUCGCCAAGUACUGUAUCAUCAAUCCUGAUCGUCUGCCAUUCUAUGAGAUUGUGUUCGAAUCCACAUUAGAAGAACAGACCCCACGCUACACUAAGCCCUCGCCGGAACAGCCCUUAGCUCAAAACGAGCAGUGUGCCCAGGAUGAGCAGCUGUCUCAGGACUCAACUCAAGCGGAGCUGCCAAAUGAGAAGAAGAAGAAAAAAGGUAAAUCUAGAGCUAAGACACCUGUCAAGAGAACCAAUGCCCAAGCGCCAAUCAAUUCACAGCUAUUACCCACAGAGAGGGGACUAAACAUUGAGAAAGUGGCAAUGACCUUAGAGGAACAAAACUUAGAGAAACUUAUUUAUACCCUGGACAUGCUACAAGACAAGAUGAAUAAACUGUGUGGUCAGUUGGAAGACCUGGAAGUCAGGAGAACUGAACUGCUGGCACAAAAAGCAAGAUCUAGAGUCCCAGGGAUUGCGUCCCCUAACUUCUCGCUUAAAAAGAAAAAAGAGAAAAAAGGAAAAAGGAAAAACAAAGAAGUUGAAGAAUCUGACCGGAAGUUACGUCCGCAUGAAAUCACUGAUGACGUCAUAGUGUCUCGACUGGACGGUAAAAUGUUAAAAGAGAUGUGUCAGGAGCCUGAUAUGAAGUUGUUAGAGUCUGAAAUUGAGAUCUGUAAAGCAAAGUUCAAGGAUGUUCAAAACAGGGUCGAACAAAUAGCAGCGGAGAAGUUGUUGGCUGAUGCCUUCUGUAUGAACCAUUACUUCUUGAGACAAGGGGAGAGCAACAACAUGCCAGGCGAGUACAGACGACAACAGAGUGAGAUGUACAACAGACUCAGACCGAACCCAGACCUCGAGAUGAACUUAGAAGAGGUGGAGGAAGCUCUGCAACUUAUCAACAACCAUCUUCUGACAGACAAGGAAUUCUAUUUCCUGUACAGUGUCUUGAACUUGCCUCGUCGGGAGAGAAUCAACUUUCGCUUGUUCAGCAUCAUUGCAGCCUUGUCUGAGAAAGUCACACAGCUUGACCCGGUCAUUAGGAAACUAAUUAACAACUUUGACUAUAAUGCACUGGACAUCAAGAUGGAGAAGUGUAAGGAACUGUUUCAACUCUUGGAGUCCGAGCACAUGCCUAAAGGUGCAGCCCAGGCAGCCAGUCUAGCCGUCGAACUGACUGCAGGUGGACUCAGGCCGGAGCACACCAGAUAUGUUAUGACCAAAUUUAAUCGUGACAGCAAAGGUUAUGUUGACUUUUUGGACUUUGUGACCUAUGUCCCUUUAUUCGUGGAGAUACAUAAAAGGAUCAUAACUGACCCACUGAAUGGGAUGUUUGACCUAUGACCUUGGCGAUCAAAUAACUGCAGCUUACAACAUCACAUGUGACUAAAAUGUAAUGAAUUUUGUUCACUAUUUUAUAUACCUUUUAUUUAUUUUAAAAAAAAUUUAAAGUUUAAAACCUCAUAAUAUUAAUUGCCUACAAUAGGCAUAUUGACUAUUGAUUGUUCCCUUCAUCAUUAUAUUAUAUAUUUAUUUGUUGUUUUGUAGUCAAAUAAUUUUUAGAUAAACAAAUUAAUAGAUUUUCUUCUGAAAUCCGUGGUUUCAAGUUGAAAAGUAUAUAAGAUUAAAUAUAUGUAUUGCUGCAAGUCUACAAGAAUGAGCAUUUAAUAACCUUCUCAUUAUUGAGCGAGAGGUGUUCAAAGACUAAGGGGAGAUAACUCAAAUACUUUAGAUGUUAUGUCUAUGUUAGCAUUUAAUCAGUGGGAUAUGCCAAACCAAUAAUAGGAAAUACUAUUGAACAUGAUAAGGUAAAAAAACAUGUACCAUAUUAUAAUGAAAUCUGUGAUAAGUGUAUGACAUUAUGUAUUCAGUUUUUGUUUUAUUUUUACUCUAUACCUGAAUCUCAUUUCAUGUAUUUUUUUUUAUUGUGUAUUCAUAUUGAAUCUCAAAUGUAUAGGUAUCACACUAUACAUGUAAAGCUAUAAUAAAAACAGACUACAAGAAUGAUUUUAUAGUAUAUACUUCUCUAAAAGCAGAAUGUUAGUGUUGUCAACAUUAAAUUUAAAAAACAAUGGACAUUCAAAUGUUUCUGUUGUAAAAAGAAAGGUGAAAACAUGAUAGCUUUGAAUGAUAAAUAUCAUUUUUAUUACCAAAAUUAUCACAAUCUAAUGUCUUGACAUCUUACAUAUCAUUUGAAAUCAGGCCAACAAUUUUGUAAAAUUAACAUUCAAGUCAAUCUGGAAACGUUUACAUUCAUUCAUUCAUAGCCAAUUCUUUCAUUUAUAUAUUAUGUUUAAGAUCACCUUGUAGGAACAGAUAGAUGCAGAGGUGGAGAUAAAAUAAGAUCCUAACAUGGAAGUGGAUCCCAUCAGAAAGGUGAAACUCUUCUCACAUCAAAGAUGGAAGCAAUGGUGCCACUAAGAUGGUGAGGGCCACACUGGGUGACGUGGAACAUGAUGCCACUAAAUGAAAGGAUCAAUGAUAAACUUAAAGAUCAGAGAGUGGACUACUGAAGUAUACUAACUCUACUGAAGUAUACUAACUGAUAAUGCCAUAUACAAAAAUAAAAAAGAUAGUGAUGAUAAGAGAUCAGACUCCCAUACAAGGGAAAGUAAACAGAAAUUAAGUACAAUUCUUAGGUUGCUAAAUCGUAAGAAAAAAGUUUUUACCUAAACUCUUUCUAAAUGUGUCUGAAACAUUAUGUAUGGCUGAGUUGAAUUAACCGCUUUAUCAAGGGGACUUAAGUUUGAAUCCCAACAUGAUCUAAGUUGUGUUAGCAGAUUUCAGAUAACCCAUCACAUGUCCAGAAAAGAGAUAGCGCACUGCGCAAGCUACAAGCAUGGAAAGAUGAGCAGUACAAAGUAAUUUUUAACAAAAUUACUUGAUAAAAACAUCUAGCUGUUAAAAUCAUCUAGCUGUUAAAAAACUCUUACAUUAGCAAAUCAGAAUUAAGUCAUCAUUAAAUCAAACAUUGUCAGCUCUAAGGUCACUAGUGUCUUAAGCAAGUGGAAUUAUGGUGCUUAUAUCUCUGGAAGCAUUCCAUACAGGUGGUUGUGUGUCAGAUAAAACUAUUCAAAUUCACUGCUGUAAGGCUCAAUUAGAGUUAGAGACAUUUUAAAGUGAAAUACAACUUUAUAAGAGAAACAGAAUAAAAAGUUUCACAAUGGUUCUUCAGAUAAACAUAAAUUGUGUAUAAAACAAAUUGUCAGGAAUGCUUUGAACAUCUAGAGUGUUAACUUUAUAUGUAUAUGCUAUAGAAAAAUUCCAUUGAACAUACAAAAUGAAGGCACAGGACCAAAACAAAAAGCUUUUAAAAAGUUCACCAAAACAUUGGUGAUAAAAAACAAAAUGUGGCACAGCUGAGCUCAAUGUUGUAUACCAAUACUAGGAAAAUGUAGAAAGCCAACGGCUGACAGCACCUUUAGAGCAGGACAUAAUGGGUUGAUUUUUGUUAACUCAAGAUUUGAAAUUUGUGUACAAUUUAUAUACAUAAGGGAGGGGGGUAGGUAAAGUGAGCAAGAUUUGAAACAAGCAACAAAAGCGUUACAGUGAAUCAGAAAGUGAGACAAAAAGACUCUACAAUAAUUUAUAGAAUAAAGUUUGAUCUAUGGACAUGACUGACAAAACACAACUCUUCCUAAGUUUGACACAUUAACCAUAAGCAGACACACUUUGGGAAGUAACAUAUAAUAGACCUGAAUUUAAACAGCUAAAUUAUCUAGUGCAAACUCUGAUUGUAAUAAUACUUUAUAUUCAAUAAUCAGCAUACAUAAAUAA